AUGUGGUGGCUCAGCGAAGGUGACCACAACCGCAUCAUCACAUCCCCGAUGAAUCCUUAUUCGAUUUCAGGAGCAGCUUUCUUCUUGUUCGGUGGUCAAGGAGCCCGGGGGUUCGGUCGCGGAGGAUCCCCUUCGCCCUCGAUCUGGAUAUUAUCACUAACGGGUUCACACCUACAUGAGCAUAUCAAGCCAUGUAUUAGCAUAGGAGAUCACAGCGGCGUCGAGGCCACAGUGCAGACACUUGGUGUGUGCUCAGUACGGUCAUCGCGAGGGCCUAUAGCGGUCAGCGAAGUGAUUGUGCAGAUCUAG